AUGUCUGCCAGUGUCAGCCUUGAUUCGCAGCCUAGCCUAUUUCAACCUAUAAAAGUAGGAAGAAUGAACCUCAGCCAUCGGAUCGUGCUUGCUCCGCUCACGCGUUUCCGAAUUACAAUUUCACAUGCACCCAUACCAGGGGUUGUGAGAGAAUACUAUUCUCAGCGUGCUAGCACCCCGGGAACCUUGCUCAUCACAGAAGCAGUUGUUAUAUCCCCACAGGCUGGAGGGUUCCCUCAUGUUCCUGGUUUGUGGUCAGACGAGCAUAUUCAAGGCUGGAAAGAGGUUGCCGACGCAGUCCACGCCAAAGGCUGUUAUAUCUUCUUCCAGAUUGUUGCAAUCGGUCGGGGCGCAAACCUCGAAGCUUUGCACGAUCAUGAUCCAUCUUUCGAAGUUGUGAGUGCAGGAGAUAUACCCGAGCCAGUCGUAGAAUCUACCGGUGGGCCACAAUUCACCGGGACUAUUCCAAGGCCUCUCACCAAACCUGAAAUUGACCAAUACGUCAAGAUGUUUGCUGAAACCGCCUCAAACGCGGUUUACAAAGCUGGCUUUGACGGGGUGGAAAUUCAUGGCGCUAAUGGUCACUUGAUCGAGCAGUUUCUACGGGAAGGAAGCAAUAACCGAACUGACGAGUAUGGAGGGUCUAUAGAAAAUCGGGCAAGAUUCCUUCUCGAAGUCGUUGAGGGUGUAAGUAAGGCCAUAGGGGAAGACAGGACGUCUCUAAGAAUCACGCCUUGGCUCCAUGAUCGAGGUCUCGCAAUGAAACAUCCAAUCCCGCUAUUCUCUUAUGUCGUCGCGGAACUAAAGAAGUUUCCAAACCUAGCUUAUCUGCACGCUGUAGAACCUCGAGUCUCCGUUAUAGACGACCGAACUCCGGAUUCAGACGAGUCCAAUGACUUCAUCAAAGCGCUCUGGUGCCCUCGACCUCUGAUCCUGGCGGGAGGCUUUCUUCGCGACAAUGCUGUUCAGGCAGCAGAGACAGAUGGUGUUUUGGUAGCCUUUGGGAGACGCUACAUUGCAAAUCCUGAUCUUCCAUAUAGGUUGAUGAAGAAUAUACCCUUAAACCCCUACGAUCGAAGCACGUUCUACCUCAUGGGAGACGCAACUGGGCGCGGGUACACUGACUAUCCGUUUGCAAAGGCAAAUGAAUAG